AUGACAGACCAAGUUAAAGCUGAUGGACAUAACCAACAGAAUGGUGGGAAGAAAAGAAAGAGAAAGAGAAAUAAGAGUAAAAAUAAAGAUAACUCACAAAUAGAAGAGCCUAUCAUCGAGCAAGAACUCAUUGAAGAUAAUGUACACAGACAGAAUAAAAAAUUCAAAUUUAACGAUGACGGGGAGAAGGAGAAUGGAACUAUCAUGGAAGAUCAAGGUGAAGUAGUUGAAGAGAUUACUCAAGUUCCUAUUUCCCCUGAUGUUGAGGAUGAGGACAUUGGAGAAGAUAUCACAAAACAAGAAGAACAACAAGUUCAGGUAGAAAUGAAUGAUGGUCAUGAAGACAACGAUCUAGAAAUCACUGAAAUGGUUACCCCUAAUCAACGAGGAAAUAAAAUUGAUAAAAAUAAGAACAGAAAAACGGUGGUGUACAAUGAUCCUGAUGAUGAUGAUGAUGAUGAUGAAUAUGAAAAUAGUACAUUUAAUUUUAAAAGAAGCUCAGCUCAACUUGCAGACACUGCAAAACAAUUACUUGAAGUUAGACAACAAUUACCCAUUUAUCAUCAUCGUGAAAAGAUUGUGGAAUAUAUAAAUAACAAUCAAGUUACUAUUGUAAUUGGUGAAACUGGUUCUGGUAAAUCCACACAAAUUCCUCAAUUCCUAAUGCAAGAAAAUAAAGGUAUGAUUGCAGUAACACAACCAAGAAGAGUGGCAGCAGCUUCAUUGGCAGCGAGAGUCAGUGAAGAACAUGGGUGUAGAUUAGGACAAGAUGUUGGUUAUCAAGUUAGAUUUACAAACAUGAGUAACAAGUUUACGAAAUUGAAGUAUUUAACAGAUGGUAUGCUUCUUCGAGAACUUAUGAUGGAUCCACAAUUGACAAAAUAUUCAACCAUUAUAUUAGAUGAAGCACAUGAAAGAACUAUUUUGACUGAUUUAAUUAUGGGGUUUUUAAAAGAGUUAAUCACUUCAGGGAAAAGAAAUGGUUUGAAAAUUGUAGUCAUGAGUGCUACAUUAAAUGCUGAAUUGUUCAGCAGAUUUUUUGAAAAUGCUCCUAUUCUUUACAUUGAAGGUAAAAUGUAUCCUGUUUCACAGUUCUAUUUAGAAUCAGAUUCCGAGGAUAUAGUGGAUACGAUGAUAAGAAGUAUCAUUCAAAUUAACCUUAAUGAGCAAGAAGGUGAUAUUCUUUGUUUUUUACCAGGUCAAGAAGAAAUUGAUAAUUGUGUAAAAAGCUUAGAACAAUUGGCACCUCAGUUACCAAGAGAAGCACCUUUGAUUGUACCAUUACCAUUAUAUGCUGCAUUAUCUCCAGGUCAACAAUCUAAAAUAUUCGAAAAAGUACCAAAAGGUAGAAGAAAGGUCAUUCUUGCAACCAACAUUGCUGAAACAUCUAUCACUGUCUCUGGUGUCAAGUACGUUAUCGAUUCUGGAUUACGUAAAAUCAAGGUUUGGAAACAUAACUUGGGGCUCUCUACUUUAUUAACUACACCCAUUUCACAAGCGUCUGCUAGACAAAGAGCUGGUAGAGCCGGUAGAGAGUCUGAAGGUAAAGUAUUUCGAUUGUACUCGGAGUCAAUGUUCAAUACACUACCAAAGCAACAGGAAUCGGAGAUCAAGAGAAAUGAUAUUAUUUUACCAGUGUUAACUUUGAAGAAAUUGGGUGUAGACGAUUUGCUUAACUGGUCAUGGCUAGAAUAUCCUGGACAAGAUGCAAUAUUGAGUGCCUUAAAUUCUUUAUACACAUUGGGUGCAUUGAAUGAUUCAGGAGAAGUCACAGCUUUGGGCUACAAGAUGUCAGUUUUGCCACUUCCACCCCAACUUUCUGUCGUGUUGGUAACUGCCGCAGAAUUUGGAGUUUUAUCAUCUGUUAUCGAUAUUGUGUCAUGUCUAUCAGUUGAUAACUUAAUUUUGAAUGUUACAGGUGAAUCAAGAGAUGAAAUAAAUUUCAAGAGAAGACAGCAUUGUCCAUUGGGUAAUACAUAUGGAGAUUUGAUUGCCCUUUACGAGUUUUUCCAAGUUUAUCAAUCCCAAGGAAAAGAAUGGUGUAAAGAUAUGGUUUUCAGCUACAAGGGAUUCAAAAAUGUUGAAAAAAUAAAGCGUCAAUUACAAGAGUAUAUGUUGACUACAAUUAAACAAGAUGAUACCUUAACAAAUGCCCAAAAGGAGAAGCAAUUAAUAAAACUCAAAGCUCAGUUAGAAGAUGAUGAGGAUGAUAGAAAAACCUUGGAUGUUCCAUCGAUUUUGAAAUCGUUCUUAAAGGGUUAUAUUACCAAUACUGCAGUUGGAAUGCCAGAUAGAUCUUUUAGAACAUUCAAUACUGGGCAAUUGAUAAGCAUACACCCAUCAUCGACUCUUUUUGGAAAGCCAAACAUAGAUGCAAUUAUGUAUAUAGAAUAUGUGUUCACCACAAAAGGUUAUGCUCGUAAUGUGUCUGCGGUUGAAUUAACUUGGUUGCAAGAAAUUGCCCCACAUGUUAUGGGUCAAGUCAAAGUCAAUGUCAACGAUGGUUAG